CAAUCUUCAAUCAUGCCCGAGCCGAAUUCCCCAUUCUGCGCCCUUGAUUCGACAUCUCUUCUUCCCCAAAAGGCAGUUAAAUAGCAGAAGUCGAUACCCCGCGCUCCACCCACAACGUCAACCUCAAAGAGGGGCAAUCAAGUUCGAGCGAGGGGUGUUACCGAAUCCCGAAAAUCUGGAUUAACGCUCUUCCCGAACAGCUACGCAGUCUACGUCAACUAAUCACCGCAGGACACUAUCCAACUUUCCAAACCAUACCACACCACCAGCAAACAAAAUGCCAGAACCUCAAGUAAUUAUCAUCACCGGCGCCAGCCGUGGCAUCGGCCAUGCCAUAGCCACCCACCUCCUGAAAGCAGGCCACAAGGUCGUCCUCACAGCUCGCUCCCCUGAAACGCUGGAGGAGCUUCAGAAAGAAUACCCAUCACAAGUCCAGUAUCUAGCGGCUGAUAUGACCUUGCCUGAUACACCCUACAAACUCAAGGAACUCGCCCUCCUCCACUUCCAUCACAUCAACGCCGUCAUCAUCAACCACGGCGCCCUCUCGCCAAUGACCCGCGUCGCCAACUCCUCCAUUGACGACUGGAAAGCCCUCUUCGACGCCAACUUUUUUAGCGCCCUCGCCCUAGCCAAGGAAACCAUCCCCUACCUGAGAGAAACCAAAGGCCGUCUCAUCUUCACCUCAUCGGGCGCCGCAACAGGAGCUUACACCGCCUGGGGCGCCUACGGAACCUCCAAAGCAGCGCUGAACCACCUUUCCAAGCACAUUGCCGUUGAGGAACCAGACAUCACUUCGGUAGCCGUCAGCCCUGGGAGAGUAGACACUGACAUGCAAAAAGAACUUCGAGAAAAGGGCAAGGCGGAGAUGGCACCAAAAGAUCACGAAGCGUUCAGCAAAGAGUUUGAAGCAGGGACAUUGGUGAGACCAGAGCAGUCUGGUGGUGUUAUUGCUAAUCUUGCUGUAUCUGCGAAGCCAGAACUGGCCGGACAGUAUUUCAAGUGGAAUGCGCCAGAAUUGGCCGAGUACCAAUUGAGUUGAAUAAGCUGAGAUGGUUCUAUUUGCCGGUCAGAAAUGUCCAUAACCAACGAGUGAAAGCAUAUUCAAGAUGAUACAGGCGGCAAAUCAGUCGAAAGAUGAAAAGUCUGAUUGGUUUCCACAUUGUAUAUUCGGUUUUUUAAGCACGAAAAGUUUGUUCAUCACAUUGCCGUGUGCUGUUGAGACAUAGAAUAAAAAAUAGAAGGCUACCUACAAGCUAGACAGCUCCAAAACCAGACCACGGCCAUCACCGUCUGGA